AAUGUAUGGAGUUACAUGAAAUUGACAAGCGACAGCAUGCUACGGCGCAGUUGAGGUUACUGUAUUUUUUUACUUGGCAAUCGCCAUACUGACACGUCCAAACAUUGUAAAAAUGGUGCUCGACAGUAUCAGAUGAUCGUUAGUAAGGUUCACUUCCGUAAAAUACAAUAUUGGUUUAGGCGGCUAGCUAUCGUGGCAAGCAAUAAGCUCGUUAAAAAAAAUUUAUAUAUAUCACGUUGUAUAAAGAGAUAAAGUAAUUAAUCAACAUUGGUAUUUACAAAUGAACGAUUCUACUGUAAUUGUAGUUCUAUGUCCAUCCACGUGAAAAUUUCUCAGCUCUCAGUUUUGAAACCAUGUAGUGUGAGAGUGUGACUCAAUAUUGUUUUCUUUUUCGGUGAUGUGUUGUUGUCGCUUUAUUGUGUAGUGGUGUUUGAAUAACAAGAAUAUCUGUCUCGCCAACAUGCCUAAAGUUGUUUCACGAAGUAUUGUUUGUUCGGAUACGAAAGACCAAGAAGAAUAUAGUGAGGAGAAGCCACUUCAUAUAUACUACUGCUUGUGCGGACAAAUGACGUUAAUUUUAGACUGCGCGAUAGAGAAGCUGCCGCUGCGCAGACGGGACGGGGCGCGCGUGCUGGACGGCAGCCGGCACGCACACAAGAUGACGUGCGACCCCGAUGAGACCGUGCACCUGAAGAGGGCCGAGGGCAUCGAGCGCCAGUACCGCCUCAAGUGCAAGAAGUGCGGGCUGCUGCUCUACUACAAGCACGACGCCGCCAGCCACGUCAACUUCGUGGUGAAGGGGGCGGUGAUGAAGAGCUCCGGCGAGGGCCCCGUCACCACCAUCUACAACCAGGUGGCCGUGGAGAAGCCCAAGAAGAUCAUGGUGACCAAGCACACCAAGAACAUGGGCAAGUUCAGCUCCGUCACCGUGUCCACCAUCGACGAAGAGGAGGACGAGAUAGAGGCGCGAGAAGUGGCCGACUCGUACGCCAACAACGCGCGCAUCAUCGAGAAGCAGUUGGAGCGCAAGGGCAUGAACAAGCGCAAGACGACGGUGCAGCAGACGCAGGCUGAGAUCGACGCGAAGCGCAACCGUGUGCGCGGCACGCUGAUCGACAAGUGAGCGGAGCGACAGGCAGGAGGGGCGGCGACGCGCUCGCUGCAGCCGGUGCAGGAUCGUGUUGUGUGCCGUGCACGCGAAGCAACGGACGGGUGCCAAGCGAAACUAAGGCUGAAGUCAAGCCUGGGGCACGGUCAUCACUCAAUGUUAUGUUACUUUCACAAUUAAUAUUUAUCAAAUGAUUGAUUUUCUGUUAUUUGGCUAAGUAUUUAAUGCAUUAAUUAUAUUUCUAUCCAAGCACAAAUGUUCCAUGUCGAUGCCCAUUAAAAAAAAAAGAAGCAAUUUUUGCCGGGGGGAGGGGGGGUGGUUGAGUUUGAAUUGAAUAUGAAUACCAAAUUAUUCACAAAUCGCGAAUAUGAAUAUAGAAUGAUAGUAAAAAUCCCAAGAAUUUUCUUUACUCACAUCCUGUAAUCACUGCCGGAAAAUUAGACCAGCAAUACUAAAGUGAAAAGUUGGUAAUUGUAUAGAAAUGUUUGCAAAAAUAUUUCAAUUAUGAAAUUAAAAAUUGUUAAAUUAUGCAACUAACUUAACCAACCAAUGUUCCAUUUUACAAGAAACUUGAUUUUUUUUUUUUAAUGCUGUAUUCUCAAAUUAUUGAUUAAAUGAGCUCAUAUUUACAUUUAAAACUCUAGUUAUUCAUGAGUUUUCGUUAAUUCAACCAAGUAAAUGGUAUUUUAUUUUAGUUCAGCAAUAUUAUGAUCACAAUUCCGGCUAAUUUCAUCUGGAAUCUUAAACCAUUAUUUACAUUUUUUUUAAAUGUAUUUUUCAGUCGGAAUGUCUGUUUUGUCAUAGAAGCAUACAGCAAGCUGCUACUGUCUCACUUGGUGUUACAUUAAUUGUGAAUAUUUAUUUAUACACAGUCGAAACAAUGAAAUAUACUUUUUUUUAAUGGCC